AUGCAAAACAAACAAUCUGAAAAACCUCUGACCCAACCCAGUCAGCAUCUAAUCAACCAGGCUCUAAGGGGCUUCACUUCGGCGAUGGCGGUAGUUGAGGAGGCAACGUCACCGACGGAGGCAAAGGCGGAAGAGAGAUCGCUGGAGGAGUGGUGGUCGGCUGAUGGCGGAAGGGCCGGUCAUCUGGUUGCAGUUCGGAGAUGCAGUGGGGGAGGCAGCGCCGUGUGUGUUGAAAGAGAAGAGGGGACUGGGAAAAGUGAAGGGCAAGCUUGGAUAGGAGCGUGA